AUGAAGGAGAGUGGUGGGGCUGUUAGUAAGCGAAGCGGCCAUCUUGUGAGGUUCAGUCGGAAACCAACUGCCGAGCAGUGAGGGAAGGUGAACGAAAAGACUCGAUGUGUUAGCUGAAGGAUUUUUUUAAUGCGCUUCCGAGCCCGGUUACCGCUACGUGCGAAAGGCUGUGCGAUACCGUCAACGGAACAGCGACCAUCCAGAGAUUUUCGCAUACGGAGAAACUCCGGUUUAUUCGGCGACAAGUCUCUCAGCGUAGUAGCAGGCGAGUCGAGGGAGCUGAGGUAGGCGAAAUUUUGACGCUGUGGGAGAAGUCAAAACGGAAUCGCGGAAUCGUAUUAAGAUCUCGAUUCGCGCAGAGAGAACUUAUACGUUAAUAACAUCUCAUCGGAUCGAAGGCACUGGACGAAACGAAAGCAUUUUGCCUAUUCGAAUCCUCGAAGAUAGCGUGGAAAGGAGGAAUAAAAGAGAAGAAACUAGGAGAAGGGUAGAAGAUUAAAGGAGGGAGAUAUAACCAAGAGAAAAGAAAGAUAAAGCGCAGUGUCAAAGCCUGUGAUAGUAUUUAUUCAACCGAUUCAGCUACGGGGCGGUAUCAUCUACCACAGUAGCUUCAUUUAUCGCUCGUAUAAGUUGGAAGAGGGACAGAGCGAUAGAUAGUCUUUAUAUAUUUAUUUAUAUCUGUGAUACCGACACUGAUAUACAUCGAAUUAUCCCGAGGUAGAAACAUCGAGAGCGUGUAUGUGAAAUAGAGACAGAGAGAAAGAGAGUGGGAUAGUGUGACAGAGAGAACGAGCGAGCGAGCGAGCGAGCGAGAGAGAAAGAGAGAGAGUGAGAGUGAGUACGUCGGUAAAGGGAGCAGAAAAGAUCGAGGGAAGCGACAUAGCAGUUUGGAAAAUCGAAAUAUCGGGGAAAAAGAUUAUAUCAGUAUCUUAGUGGAUAUAGAUGUUUUUGUAUAUACGACUGACUCUUUUUUACAAUUAUUGAUAUCGAGAGAAGAGCGAAAAAGUGAGAAAGUUUCAUUAUCGUUCUUUAAACAAGAAAGAAAGGAGACUCAUAGGAGAAAAGACACGAGCAAAAAGAGUUUUGUUUUAAAGGAGAAAACACUUCCUUUUCUUGGCUUUUUCCUGGACAUUAAAGAAUCGAAGUUAAGUGGCAUUGUCGCGUGCAAAAAUGGUGGAGAAAAUCUUGGAAGAACGAGAAGAUGGGUGCCAAGAGGUAGCGAGAGAAGAUGCAAAUUGCAGAGAGACUGUGAAUACUACCGGUGAAUCUAUCAGCGCGGUGCAAGCUCGACAAGAAGAAGCUAGACGCAAAAGACGUAAGAAGAAACGAUCUGGCUCGUCCUUGAUGUCCUCUUGUUUUCAAGAACUGUAUAGAUUAACUGGCGAAGUUCUUGGUGAAGGUGCUUACGCCUCGGUUCAAACUUGUAGAUCUCUCUACACGGACCUGGAGUAUGCUGUUAAAAUUAUCGACAAAAUUCCCGGGCACGCACGGGCACGUGUAUUCAAAGAAGUCGAAACGUUUCAUCAUUGUCAGGGACAUCCAAAUAUUAUUCAAUUGAUCGAAUUUUUCGAAGACGAGGAAAAGUUUUACCUAGUGUUCGAGAAAGUAAACGGUGGUCAACUACUGAGUCGAAUACAAGAAAGAGUUCACUUUAGCGAACGAGAAGCAAGCCAGAUAAUUCUAGAGAUCGCGAGCGCGCUGAAUUUUCUUCACAAGAAAGGCAUUGCCCACAGGGAUCUGAAACCCGAAAACAUCCUGUGCGUAUAUCCGGAUAAACUAACACCGAUUAAAGUCUGCGACUUCGAUCUUAGUUCAGGCAUUAAGUUUAACAACUCGCUGUCAAGUCCUGUAGCUACACCGCAACUUCUAACACCAGUCGGUAGCGCUGACUUCAUGGCUCCGGAAGUAGUGGAAGCUUUCAUCGGAGAAGCGAAUUAUUACGACAAACGUUGCGAUCUCUGGAGCCUUGGAGUGAUUAUGUAUAUUCUCCUUUGUGGUUAUCCACCUUUCUAUGGAAACUGCGGUUCCGGUUGCGGUUGGGAGAGAGGAGAAAAUUGUCAGGCUUGUCAAGAGCUUCUGUUUACCAGUAUUCAAGAAGGCAUGUAUGAAUUUCCGGACAACGAAUGGAGGUGCAUUUCGGAAGAUGCGAAAGAUUUAAUCAGAGGCUUACUGGUCAAGGAAGCUCAUCAAAGGCUUAGCGCCGAGAGUAUUUUAAAACAUGCGUGGAUUAACCCUGGUCCUAGCUCUGUCGAAAAUACCGAGAAAUCUCUUAUGACUCCUCAUAUUAUCAGGAGAAAUAAUUCUGCUAGAGAACUCUCGGCGUUUGCCGAAUCAGCAAUGGCUGUGAAUCGUGUGGUACUUCAACAUUUCUCCGUAAAUUUGGAGGAUUUGGCGGAGAAAAGGGAGCCGAGAUUAUCUACUUCGUCCACGGACGAAGAUAACCAUCCGUAUGGUCACAUGUCCGAUUCGGGCAGCGAAUUAUCGGAACAUAGUAAGAUUUGUGCGACUCAUUCCUCGAGCGAGUUUGAUGCGAACUUGCGCUUGAAAUCUGGCUCUGUUCAUUCGAGCAUCGAUCUAAUCGAUUCGAAAGUUAUUGGAAAAAAUCGACUGAUUGGCAAGGAUUCGUCGCUUCAUCAACUGUUCGGUUUGUCACCGCCAAGCGAAAGCCGCCUGAUGCAGCGUCGUCUAAAAGCUCGUUCGGAUCUACUUGAACGUCAGACCAACAAAACAGUUAUCGCAUCCCCUAGUGGCUGAAAGGUGACACCUUUAAGAGAGAAACACAGAUCUCCUUUCUUGGUAGCGCGUAUAAUUCAUAUUUACACGUCUGCAUAUACGGAUACGAAAGAAGCAUGUACAGUAAUGUUAUCUAUCGAUAAUUUACAAAGGGUAACCAUGAUAUAAAUGAUAUUUCAUGAUUGGCUAAACGAAGGUUGUGUUUCAUUAAAAAUGAUGAACUGCAUUGCAAUGAUUCGCACGACAAUUGACGGAUUAUUACACACAUACACACGAGUGUAUUCUACACAACGACACGUUAGAGGCUGGCACAAAAACGUGUCCUCACUCCGAUGUUACAUUCGCACGUACGUGCGCGAUGCUAAAAAUACACGACACUCAGGCAGACAAUAAUUCUUCGUGACUUUCUAUUUUCUAUGGAAUUCAAAGAAACAUUGUACCCGAGUAUUUUGUUUCCUUUUUCUUUUUCUUUUUCUUUUUCUUUUUGUUUUCUCUCUUUUCUUUCGUUGUGCUUUUACUACAUUUUGACAAGUCCAACCAAUCAUAUUCUGUCUUAUGUUUGCUCUAUAAAUUUGUAAAAGCGCGGUGUUGGUCUGAUUUAUUUUGUUGCAUGUUACUUUGUAAUACAUUCGUUAAAUAAUAUGAACGAACAUAAGCAAGCAAACACAGCACAGAUUCGAUACACAUAAUUAUGUACAUAUCAUACAAUUGGAGUAACCCAUAGGAAUUGGAGAAAACCAAAUGGGAAAGCCCAAAUGGUCACGCAAGUUUAAAUUCGUGAUGAAAUUAAAAUUACUGUUAGCAUGGAACUCGAAGAAACGUGUAAAAUCUGUAAUAUGUACAUUCCACCCUCGAUAUCCAUUAGAUGUGAACAUAUAGCAUAAUAUGAGAAAUAACUUACGGUAGAUAAUGUUUCUGUACUUUUGCUGUUAUAGUGUCUAGAGAAGUACAUACAUGCUCGUUCAUAUGGAUUUAUCGAAACGGAUAUACGGACAGGCGCUAAAGAAGAGAAAAUAAUUUGUUCGGUAUCUUCUCCAAUCAUAAAUAUACACGCGUAUGUGUGUGUGUCUGUGUACGUGUGUGUAUGUACACGGAUGUAUGUAUGCAUACACGCGUGCAUAUACACACACGCACACACAUAUAUACACGUGUAUAUUUGCUUCCUUUCUUUUUGUUAAACGAUUUCUUUAAUUCCGUUUUAUAUAUUUUGGAAUGUAGAUACGAUUAACGAAAUAUUUCCACGAUUCUCUUCUUUCCUAAUGAUAAUUUGUUCGAGAAUGGUGAAAAAUAAUAAGAGCAACACUAGCAACAACAACGCAUCUUCGAACGAAAAACAGCGGUGUUGCGGUAAAAUGAGUAAACCGAAACCGCUCAUCUUGGUGCAUGUUACGAAUAGUUUGCUCAGUAGGUUUCUAAGAUCGUAGUAGAGUGUAAGUUCGAAAAUGUCUUAAGGAAGAUUCCAAGAAAGGAACAAAGCGCGUUUUUAUCGAAAAAAAAAAAAAAAAGGGGGGCGACAACUACGGCCAUUUUUUUGUAAAUGUCUCUUAAGCAUCUUUGUAGGAGUUAGUAUGUAAGGAAGAUAAAAAAGUUAGUUUAACAAAAAGAAAAAAGAAAAAAAGAAAAAAAAUACAGAAAAAAAAUUGUACCUGCGUCGUAAGUGAUUAAGAGUAUACCGAGUAAAAGAGUGAAAAGGAGAAGUACAACAUGGAGCAGAGAUCGAGAGCUAUAUUCGAUAACGUGCACGCGUAUGUAUGCACGUUAACGGGUAAAUUUUCUCGAAAAACCUAGAUUACACAAAAAUCACAUCUAUUACUGUUACGUAUUUUUGUAGAGUUUUAUCGACGAAAUGUCGUUUUAUCGUCUACCCACCUACAGUUGCGAUUACUCUGUUUAUUACAGUCGGCUAUUUUUUCCUUUCGUCUAAUGAUUUUCGUUUUCAUAAAUCGUUGAAUACUUCUCGCUUGAAUGUUGCAUUUCGACGAUACACAGGAUACGUGUCAGACAUGACAGACAAGUUAUCGUCGUUCAGAGUAUAGCAGUAUCGUUCGUUCUCUUUGUGUGUACUCUAUAUGGUUAAGUUUGUGUCGGUCGGAGUUGUAUCAUAUGCAGAGAAACGAGGAGAGAAAAGCUACAGAAAGAUCUAAAUACGUUUUCCUUUUUAGUAGUAGUAGAGAAAUACGCGGUACUUUCGACCAUGUUCAUUUUACGUGUUACGAUGGUGUGUAGAAUCGUGCUGUGCGGUGGGAGACUCUUUACUCAGGGCAGUUACAAUGAGCUGCGCAAAUUUGUUACAAAUUACAUACACUAUCGCGUUUGAAGAAAACCGAGGAGAAAGAGCUUAUAAUGUCUGUAUGCGAUCGAAGUCCAUCCAGGGUUGAAAAUUAAUCGUCACUUUGUUCUUCCUUCUUACAAACUAACCCUGAAAAUAAGCUUUAUCCAAAGGUAUUACGUGUGAUACACGAAUAAUACCAAAAGUCAACGCAUAGAGGUGAUAGCAUUAUUAAACUUUCCUCGAGGACGUUCGAUCUUUCCGAAAUCUCCUAUACAGAUCUAAUUUUGCCAUAUACUUUCAUUCGAUUUCCAUGGAGGACAGUUGCCAGACUAUAUAACUAACUGUAUAAUCGAUCGUUAACGAAUGUUUGGUUACCCCAUCGAAUUCGCCCGUUCGAAUGCGUCAAGUUUCGAGGAAAAUCGGCAAUUUCCUCGAGAAUUGAUACAUUUGUUAAUGGAUGUAAAACGUUAUCGAUUUGUCAUAACGAGAAGAACCAUAUGAAAACGCAUGCAUCAUCGCACGUGCUUACGACGUAGAGACGAAAAAAAGCAUUACAUUAAUUACGUCCGUGACUCUGAUCAUGGAGAAAGCAUUAAGAAACACGAAUAUAUCGCGAUUCUUGGUCCUUUUUUUUCUUCUUCUUCUUCUUCUUCUUCUUCUCCUCCUCCUCCUCCUCCUUCUUCUGUUUUCUCCCGUAAAGCGAAAGAUACGGUGACGUGGAGGAGAAAAUGUUAUACGCGAACGGAAAGAUACAGACAAUCUAGGGAUGAAAUCGAAAAAGUACGAGGGGGGAGGGGGAUAAUGAUACGUGUUGGAUACAUGGUUAUACUUACACGUGAUCGUACCUUUCCAACUUUUUAUCUCGCCACUAUUAUCACUCAUUAUCGAUUGACACGUUUCUUUCUCUCUUGGAUGUACAUCUGUUUUCUUUUUUUUUUUUUUCUUCUUUUUUUUUUCAAUUUUCAACGAUGCAUUUUCUGUUACUUGUUUCGUUCUUUUAAAUUACAAUAGGGUGUGGCGUAACCAACCAUAGCAUUGAUAGAAUAAUUUUAUGAGGAAAUAAUGCAUUCUCGACCGAUAUCCAUUUCUCGCAUUGUUUA